UGCAACAAACUUUCAUUUUAGUCAGUUCGGUGCUAAUAACUCUGCAAUCAAUUCUGCCAUGUAUAAACUUCCACCUAAUGGUGGUAAAAACAACAAUAAUAAAAAGGGGACGCGACAAAGGAGGAGUAUGUCAAAUUUAUCAGUGUUAAGUAGGGAUAACCUUGAUCAGGUUGUAAAAAAACUGGAAACUAUUCAGUGUGAUGAUCAGAGUGUCAGUGACUUGGGGAAGCAGAAAAACAUGCUUCCUGAAAUGAUGAUAGAUGGUAUAGCUUAUGACCCAGAGGAACAGGUCACACCCACUCUUAGUAAAUUCCCAGUGUAUCAAAAGCAAGUGUCUGUGCGCUCAUGUCAGUCCGAAUACUCUACUAUGGAGGAUAUUAUUUCUAAUGAUAACCCCUCAUUGACUGUGAAGCCAAUUCCUGUGAUGCCAAUGAAAAACUAUCAUCGUGUUUUGUCGGAGUAUGACAAUCUGACGAAUCAGUAUGCCCCUCCCUCUGCGCGCUCACAUACUAGUACUGGUACAGAGUUCUGUAAGCCAUGGGGAAAUAACUUCUUUGAGUCCCUACUGAUCAAAACUAAUAAUCCUAAAAUGGUACCCCCGAUGGAUGUGAAUGAACGUAUUCAGGCAUGGAGAUCUGAUAGCCAGAAAUUCCGCCCUGUGUCGAGUGUGAGGGACAGUGUGAUCUCUAACUCUACUUUAAUGGAGGAGGAGGAAGAGGACGAGUCUAUCUGUGAUACGCCCCAGCCCGCUGUCAUACAGCCUCCACCCCUCCCCAGUGUUCCAUGUCCCAGUCGUGUCCCUCCCACUGGGGAACACCACAUGUCGAAGGCCAGGGAGGGCCAGGACGAAGAUGACAAGUCAGAGGCAUCUACAACCACUAACACAUUCCACAGCGUUGCACAGCCCAAGCCGUCAAAAGCACAUCCUGUGGCCCCAAAACACCACAAGCCUAAAAGUCAGCACCCUGAGACACGAAUACGGGAUUACAUCAUUAAGUAA